CGUGACGUCACCAACGCCAACGCAGCUUGCAGGCAUCCAUUCCUAUCCUCGCCCGAAUAAAGAGGAGGCGUCAGCUCGCAACCGUCCCUGUGAUUCUACCCCUCUCACCGGCAACAAUUGAAAUCCGAAUAGACAUCGAGAAACUCAUCCAUAUCGCACAAAGACAAGUCGCUGAAAUGUUCCAGAACAUGCUCACCAUCUUCCUCCAGCUCUGCCUGGCGACUCUCGCAUUGGCCGCGCCCAUGGCCGGUGAGAUCACAACCGCCGGGCACGGUGACGCUUGGCAGUACGGCACUGGCGGUGGCAUCAUCGGAUUCGUCGUCUUGAUUCUCGACAUCAUUGUCUUUAUCGAGGUUCUCAAGUCAAACCGCCCGCCUUCCCACAAGGUCCUCUGGUGCCUCAUCGUCUUCCUCUUCCCCAUCGUCGGAAUGGUCAUUUACUACAUUUUCUCCAACCGCCAGGCACACACUGGGUCUGGUUCUUACGAGCCAUUGGCAUAAAUACCCAAACGAGUAAGAUCGAAGACAAGUUUGUUGAAACGAGGGAGAUGCGGAGGAUGCAGGACACAAGCAGCCCUACCCUGCAGGUGUUGAGACGUGUUA